AUGCGUAAUUUCUGAUCGUGGUCCUCAUUAACUGUAAUAAUCUUGUUGAAUAUCGAAGGUCUCAGACGGAAAUAUGGGUUUAAUGGACAAAGUGUCGAGCUGGUUGGGCAGCCGGUCGCGCGUGUCGGCGCCGGUGCUGGUGCUGGGGCUGGACCGCGCCGGCAAGACCUCGCUGCUGAAGGCGCUGCGCCCCCCGGACCCCGCGGGGGCUGCGCCCGCUCCCGCGCCCGCUGCCGGGCUUACGCCGCAGAUUGAGCACUUUCAGAGUGGAGGAGUGUCGUUCAGUGCAUGGGACGUGUCGGGUGCUGCGCGCGCGCGUGCGCUGUGGGAGCGCCACUACAGACGCGCGCAGGCGCUAAUCUUCGUUGUUGACGCCGCUGAUCAUCUGAGACUUGUGGUCGCCCGAGAAGAGCUAGAGCUGGUGCUCGCGCACCCAGACAUGAGCGCGCGGCGCGUGCCGCUGCUCGUGCUGGCCAACAAGUCGGACGCGGCGGGCGCGCUGCCGCCGGACCGGCUGGCGAUCGCGCUGUGUCUGGAGCGCGUGCAGGACCGGCCCUGGCACGUGUGCGCCACCAGCGCGCGCGACGCCACCACGCUGCACGACGGCAUUGCGUGGCUGGCCAGACAGGUACGUGAGCUGCACACGCCCGCGCGUGAUCACUGAGCGACAGUGGUCUUCGGCUCUGGAGUAGUCUGGAGGCACAUUGAUUUGCAGUGGAACCACAAAAUAAUACGUCAUUGCAA